ACAGCCCAGAUAGAGAGAGACGAGACGCCUUUCUCCUUUCGAAUUCUCGAUGCCACCUCCUCCCCCCCCAAAAAAAACAAGGAACGCACAAAUCCAAUCCUCCCUUUAUCCCCUACCCUCGCCGCCCUAAUUCCUCCGUUCCCUCCCUCUCCCUCUCCCUCUCUCGCUGCCGGUAAGCGCGCUCCCGUGCUUCGUUUCCCGUCGUGGCGGCGCCGAUCGAUUCGCCGGGGGCGGUUUCUCUGACGCGAUUCUCGGUGUUGUAGGGCUGAUCCGGUCCUCCGGGAGCGCCGGAGCGAGCGAAUGCGCUGAUCGAGGGGGGCGCUCCGGGGUUUUUCUCUCGCCCGAUGGCGGCGGCUGCUGCGGCGGCGGCGUGCACCAAGCUGCAUUCGCGCGGAGGUGCCGUCAACGGAGGAGGCUUCGACCGGAGGUUGCGGUUUAGGAGGCGUGGCUAUGUGAGCAGUGAUGUUAUCCGUCUUCCGAGAGGUGGAACUCGUAGACUUAGUAUUGGCACUGCGAAAAGAAGGCUAGAUUUUCAGCACAAGGCAUCGUCCGUCGGCUGUCGUUGCGUGGCUUCUCUCGUGGACUUUGAUGGUGCGACGGCAUUGGAGUUCACGGCUAUGGUUGAUCAGGCACUUCUAAUGGCGAGUAUCCUUCUUACAUACAUGGCUGGAGUUGUUCCCAUUGGGAAGCCUAGAUUUUCUCCUAGAAGGAUCAUUUCUGAUGAUGGUGCCAUCGAUGAAGGCCCAACCAUGUCUGGUAGUGAUGUAAAAGCUGACUACCACUGUCAAAAGUGCGCUUGGGAUGUAAUAAAAGGAAAACUCGUGGAAUCUCUAGAAGCCAUUGACCAUGCCAGUGUUUCAGAAGAUACAAUUCAAGAGUUGGAAAAGCUUCAUGCAAAAAAACCUUUAAGUUUGAAUGCUAUCGCCAGGGGUCCAAGACUACGGCUGGUUUGGGCUGUUCUUACGCAUCUUGAGAAAGAGGUGGACAGUAUCCCAGAAGGUUUCGAAAAGGGGACUGUGGAAGAUUGGUUGGUUCUGUUUUCUGGAAUCAUACAGAGUUCCUCUCGCCCUGUGUGUGUGGCUUGGCUAGACAACGAACUUUCUGAAAGAAGUAGCGAUGUAAAAGAGGCACUAGUUACUUUAAUUCUCCAGAAAUUAGAAGGAGACAGCACUGUACUUCAGAAGAUCAGGAGAUUGGGCAAGGAGGAUCUUUUUGCAGAAUUACUCUGCUUUUUAAAGUUUGGUUCCCUCAGGAAGGAUUGCUAUUACAACAGUUGCUUGUUUGUCUCACAGGGGAUUUCCAUUUUAGAAGAUCUGGUAAUUGCAAUAGCAGAUGGCAUUGCAAGUAUCUAUCUGGAGCUCAUCUCCGUAGAUGGAAAUUUGUCAAAUGAGAUGAAUAAUUUGGAUUUGGCUCUGUGCUCUUUGUCAACCCGAGCACUUCAAAGAUUACGUAAUGAGGUGGCUUUGAACCUGUGGUUGCAUCAAAACAUAGAGGCAGUGGUUUCAAUGUAUGAGGAUCGCUUUGACCUCCAUAUACUCCAAAGUCAGCCUGUUGAGGAACCAAGCAAAAGCAUCUCAGAAAAUCUUGGUUGGUGGGACAAGUAUUUUGGGAAGAAAUCUGGAACAAGGACAUCUCUGCUUCAUCAUGUCGUCAUUGGCCAUUUUUCAAUGCCUGUGAAACGAACAAAAGAACUAAGGGCCCUAACAGGGUGGAGGUACUACUUCAGUCUAUUUCUCGAACUGUCAGACAUAACUGCGCCGGUUAUCAGAACCUUCUUUAAAAAAGUCAGUGAUGCUAUAUCCUUCUUCCUCGUCUGCUUGAUCGGGAGAUCGCUGGGACUCAUCUACACUGGAAUUAGGCAGUCCCUUGGGUGGAAGUGAGGCGCUGUUCUGACAAUUUUGUUUUUCAAUUUUCCUCAGCUAACAUUCUUUCCUUUAGGUGGUAUUAUUGGUUCUACUCCAAAGUCAAGAACGAUCACUGAUGUGGGCUUUCUUGCACGCUCCACAAAUUUUUUAUCGCAUGGGACCAUUUUAAGCGAUUCUAAUACACUUCGAAAAUCUUUAAUUGUGCCCGCCAUAUAAUUGAAAUCUCCCUCCCUCCCUCUCUCUCUCUCUCUCUCUCUCUCUCUCUCUUCCUUUGGUGGACAGGCAAUGGAAACUUCAGGACGCCAGGAUCCUUUUAUAAAACGAAACUUCUGUCGGACGCUAUAUUCCCGUUACUGGAUUUGACCGGGCGCGAGAUGUUUCCGGCACCAAGGCAAUGGCAUGUCUGUACACCCUUUAAAAAGCUAAAGAGAGGUCGCAUUGUGUUGCUUUGCUUCGUGGGGACUCAGGUACCCUUCAGAAACAGAGCGCCUAAGGAGGAGCUACAUGGGCUUUUGUCCCCUCUCUACAGGAAACUGCUUUAAAAUUCUUUUGUUUUGUGGGGUCAGAAACUGCUUUAAUUUGAAAUGCACAUAAGUCACAUGUUUCGCC